AUGCCUCCCAAAAAACAAAAGGGCAUGGAGACCUGGACGCGCAACGUCGGACUUGAGGCUGAAUUGAUCAGACUAGGUGUCGCUAGGGAUGCUGUAAUGGAGAUGACAAGAGAACAACAGAGUGCCGAACUUGAUAGACUUGAGGGCCUUGCUCCUCGAAGUAUCGCAGAUGCAUAUGCUCAGACCUGGACAGACAAUCACCAACAGGCUGCCGCCGCUGCUGCCGCUUUCAUGAUCGCUAAUCCCCCUCCUCCUCCUCCCGCCCCUGUUGUUCCUCCACCACCCCCUCCUACUGUCGAGACUGCACCCGAGACCCCUCACGCUCCUCCUGCUCCUCUCUCUGUUCGAUCUGCUGACAAUGUUGACCAUUUAGGUAACGCUAAUGCUGGAAAUCCAGUUCAAGAUGAUCACCCAAUGGAUAUUGAUGGACCUGAAUUGACCAGCAUUGGUCUCCACCACAAUUCUCCGACUGAUAAUAAUCCUUGGCUCCUCCAACAAUCAAUGCAACCACCAAUUGCAGCCCGUCGCGCCGAUGAGCCUUGGCCACAACCACUCGGUCCUCUCUCCGUCGAAGUCCAAAGAUUCAUCAAUGAGGCCCCCAAUGAUCACCUUCAGCGCCAUCACCUCGAGGUCGUCGUCACUAUCGUUUCCACGAUGCCUCUGCCCUUGCAACACUCUUUCGCCCUCGAAACUCCUCACGUCCAAAUGAGCCACCUCUACCACAGAUACACUGAACUCAGACAACAAUUGGAACAACAACUCGCAAACAGAACACACAUCGAUACUGAUCCCCUUCUCCACACUCUUCCCGAACUCAGAAACUGGCUUCAAAAUACCUCUCUCGCACUUCAAACCCGCUGGGUCAACUCUGUCCACCCCGACCGCAUGGAAAUCCUCAGAGAAAAUGGUUUGCUGACUUGGAUGCAGGAUUACACUGUUGCCCACCUCCAAAGACUUGUCGCUACUGCUCCUCAACAUGUUCCUGAUCGUUUGCUGCAGGCUGAGGAUAUGGCUAGGUACAAUGCUGGAUUUGGUAUGGAUUACUUUGCUUGGUUCAUUUCUCCUGAGCGCAUGGCUUGGUAUGAGGGACUCAGGCAGAGUGGUCAACUGUAA